UACAAAACGCUCAACCAUCGCAUACAUAUAUUCCGCCUCUCGCCUUUCAUUAGCUCCUCCUCCUCUUCUCUCUUCAGAUCUCUUCAUCUCAAAGGGUAUAUAUAUCUACGCACGCAUAUAAAUCAACCAAUACUUACAUGUCGGUACAUAUAUAUGCAUAAAUCAUCUAUAAAACUGUUGCUUUUCAAAUCUUUGGCGCCCAAUCGUUGAUUUUCCCCGUUUUUCCCUAUAAAUUUAAGGGGAUUCAAUCUGAUUCAUCAGGUUGGAUUUCUCUGUAGUUGAAUCCUGCCUUCUCAAAUUGGUGCCGGAACCCUAGCUCAACCAUUGGGUUUCAGACUUCGUCUAAGCUAUAGAAAUUUGUUUCUUUCAAUUAAAAAACCUCAAUAAGAUAAGACCUUCCUCCGUUCAAUGGCUGCUAAUCAGGACGUUAUGGGAGGGAGCACACCAGUGGAUCUUUCCAAGCACCCGUCUGGAAUUGUGCCAACCCUCCAGAAUAUUGUGUCAACUGUCAACCUGGACUGUAAAUUGGAUCUUAAAGCCAUUGCAUUGCAAGCUCGCAAUGCUGAAUAUAACCCCAAGCGUUUUGCUGCAGUUAUUAUGAGGAUAAGGGAUCCAAAAACGACAGCUUUGAUAUUUGCUUCUGGAAAGAUGGUUUGCACUGGAGCAAAGAGUGAGGAACAAUCAAGGCUUGCAGCUAGGAAGUAUGCUCGUAUUAUCCAGAAGCUGGGAUUUCCCGCUAAAUUUAAGGAUUUUAAGAUUCAGAAUAUUGUUGGUUCAUGUGAUGUGAAAUUUCCCAUAAGACUUGAGGGAUUAGCAUAUUCCCAUGGUGCCUUUUCAAGUUAUGAACCAGAACUUUUUCCAGGUUUAAUUUACCGGAUGAAGCAACCGAAGAUUGUGCUUCUCAUUUUUGUGUCUGGAAAAAUUGUCCUGACAGGAGCAAAGGUGCGGGAAGAGACAUAUGCUGCUUUUGAGAACAUAUAUCCUGUCCUCACAGAGUUCAAAAAAAAUCAGCAAUGAAUUGCAGAUAUUUUAGGGAUAUCAUAAGUAUAUUGCGAUUCUGGGAGCAUGGGAAGCGAUUGGUGGUGUGUAUCAUGCAAGCACAUUUAUAUCUGAAAACAUGUCUCAAAUGAUGUAGAUUAAGAGGGUCUUGUAGUUGUGGGUAUUUCAGUUCCCAUAUGACUCAGUCUGGACAUGAAUGAAAUCUUUAUAAUGUUCAGUCAUAAAAUGUGAAAUGCUGUGUACGCGGUGAUGUCUAUUAGCAAUUUGGUUUAUUUGCUAAGACAACCAACAACUGUCAGUCAUAUGCAGCCCAGUUUUGGAUUCUAUGGCUUCUUCGUGUAUUGUUUGUUUAUUCUUGGGAAAUUGCCCCAAGUAAAAACGUUUGCUUAUUAAAAAAAUAGGAUUGUACAUUUUACUUCCUAAAUAGGACUAAUUAUUGUCAUG